AUGGUUUAUUCAAACUCUGAAAAAAUAAUUUGCAUGGAUACUCUGCAAACACACAAAGUGGUAAUUACCGAGGACAAGCUUGCCAACUCAAUCGAGCUCAGCAUAAGAGAUGAAGAUCAUACGAUUGGAAAUGCGCUGGCUUCUGAGUUGCAAAAGAAUGAAGAUGUCGCCUUUGCAGCAUACAAGAUACCGCAUCCUCUGCAGAACAUCUUGAAGGUAAAGGUAGUUGUGGAUAAGUCUGAAGACAGACCAAUUGACUUUGUAAAGGCGUCCUUGGAUAGUCUUAUCAAUGACUGCGAGUCAAUGCUAUCACAGAUCUAUAAAUAA